AUGAUCAAGUCGAUCCAGGCCGCUCAGCGCUUGGAUUCGCGGGGACACCCAACCGUUCAAGUUGAUCUUACUACGGACAGAGGUAAUGUGGCACCAACCAUAGAUAAGCUCGCUUCUUACACUGAGGCAGGUACAUUUCGAGCCAUCGUUCCUUCUGGUGCAUCCACGGGUGCAAAUGAAGCUAUUGAGCUGCGAGAUGGGGAUUCUGCAUAUGGUGGACGGGGAGUCCAGAAAGCUGUGUCAAACGUCGGAAUGGUCAUUGGUCCUGCUCUAGUAGAGAGCGGGCUCAAGGUUGAUACAGACCAAAAACUCAUUGAUUCUCUUCUGAAGGAUCUGGAUGGUACGAAAAACAAGGCGAAGCUCGGGGGGAAUGCCAUUUUAGGCGUCAGUAUGGCAUGUGCUAGAGCAGGUGCAGCCCAUUCAGGAAUUCCGUUGUAUAAGUUUCUUCGACGUGAGUCUGGAGCAAAAACGCCGUUCAUGAUGCCAGUGCCGUUCUUCAAUGUAUUAAAUGGAGGUGUGCAUUCGGGCAACAAGAUGGCUUUUCAAGAAACUAUGAUCGCUCCUGUUGGAGCGUCCUCUUUUACGGAAGCAGUACGAAUGGGUAGCGAAGUUUACCAGCACCUGAAGAAGAUCGUUGUUGAGAAGUUUGGACCCUCUGGUUAG